AUGGGCAGGUCGUUUUCGACCGUUAAUAAAUCUUGGCUGAUCUCUCUCGUUCCUUUGCCGCAGAUUAUCUUCUACGAGGACAAGAACUUCCAGGGUCGCUCCUAUGAGUGCAGCAGCGACUGCUCGGACAUCCACAUGCACAUCACCCGCUGCAACUCCUGCAGGGUGGACAACGGCUGCUACGUGGUGUUCGACCGCACCAACUUCAUGGGCAACCAGGCCUUCCUGCGCAGAGGGGAGUACCAGGACAUCCAGCGCAUGAGCAGCAUGAUGGGCAUGACUGGCAUGACCGGCGUGACCAUGAUGGACACCAUUCGCUCCUGCCGCAUGAUCCCUAUGCACAGGGGACAGUUCAGGAUGAAGAUCUACGAGAGGGAGAACUUCUCGGGCCAGAUGCACGAGGUGAUGGACGACUGCGAGUCCCUGCAGGACCGCUACUUCAUGGCCGACUGCCAGUCCUGCAACGUGAUGGACGGCCACUGGCUGAUGUUCGAGCAGCCCAACUUCAGGGGCCGCAUGAUCUACGUGAGGCCCGGCGAGCACAGGAACUUCCGUGAGACCAGCAACGUGAUGCGAGUCAGCUCCAUGCGUCGCAUCAUGGACAUUUCUUUGAUGUAUAAUACAGUAGCGACCAGAAACUUCCAGGGCCGCUCGUAUGAGUGCGUCAGCGACUGCUCUGAGAUCUCCUCGCACCUGAGCCGCUGCAGCUCCUGCAAGGUGGAGAGCGGGACGUUCAUGGUCUACGACCAGCCCAACUACACGGGGCAGCAGCACCUCCUGACCAAGGGAGAGUACCCCGAGUAUCAGAACACCCUCGGCUUCAAUGACUGCAUUCAGUCCUGCCGCAUUGUCCCUGUGCACAAGGGGCCGUACAAGAUGAGGAUCUACGAGAGGCCGAACUUCGAGGGCCAAGCGCACGAACUGACCAACGACUGCGACUCCAUCCAAGACCACUACCACAUGUCCGACACGCAGUCCUGCAACGUGGUGGACGGCCACUGGCUGAUGUUCGAGAAGCCCAACUACGAGGGCCGGAUGCUGUACCUCCGGCCCGGCGAGUACAGGAACCUCAGGGAGAUGAGCGGCGACGACAUGAGGUUCAACUCGAUCCGACGCAUCACAGAGUCUUAA